UGCCAGUCAGUGCCAACUAUCAAUGCUAGUCAGUGCUGCAAUCAGUGCCAGUCAGUGACACUUAUCAGUGCCAAUCAGUGCUGCCUAUCAGUGCGCAUAAGUGCUGUCUAUCAGUGCCUGUCAGUACUGCCUAUCAGUGCCAGUCAGUGCCAACUAACAGUGCUAGUCAUCAGUGCCGCCUAUCAAUGCUGCCUAUCAGUGCCAUAUAUAAGUGUUGCCUUUCAGUGCCCAUCAGUGAUGCCUGCCAAUGCCCAUCAG